AAAAAAAAAAAAAAAAAGAUGCCUGAAGUAGAUCAAAAACCAACCAUUGACAUUGAAGCUAUUGCAAAGAAGACUCCUGAAGAAACCACAUUUGCUGAUUUGGGUGUAUCUAAGGAAUUAUGUACUGCUUGCGAAAAACUCAACUUUAAACAUCCUACCGAGAUUCAAAAGGAAUCUAUCCCUUGGGCUUUAGAAGGUCGUGAUAUUAUUGGUCUUGCUCAGACUGGUUCGGGUAAGACAGCUGCCUUUGCUUUACCUAUUAUCCAACGAUUAUGGGACAAUCCUCAAGCUUUUUUUGCCUGUAUUAUGGCUCCUACUAGAGAAUUGGCAUACCAAAUUGCAGAAACGUUUGAAGGACUUGGAUCAGUGAUAGGUGUACGUUGUGCAGUCAUUGUAGGUGGUAUGGAUAUGAUGGCUCAAUCUAUUGCACUCUCCAAACGACCUCAUAUUAUUGUAUGUACUCCUGGACGAUUACAAGAUCAUUUGGAAAAUACAAAAGGAUUCAGUUUACGUACUCUUAAAUACCUGGUGAUGGAUGAAGCCGAUCGUUUACUUGAUAUGGAUUUUGGACCCAAGAUUGAUCAAAUUCUCAAGGUUCUUCCUCGUGAACGAAAUACAUUCUUAUUCUCGGCUACCAUGACAACUAAAGUGGCCAAAUUACAAAGAGCUAGUUUAUCUAAACCUGUCAAAGUAGAAGUGGCUACAAAAUAUUCCACUGUCAAGACAUUAUUACAAUAUUAUCUCUUUUUCCCAUUGAAACAUAAGGAUGUUUAUAUGGUAUAUCUACUCAAUGAACUUGCCGGCAAUUCUACCAUCAUCUUUACUCGUACUUGCAAUGAUACUCAAAAGAUCGCCAUUAUGUUACGAAAUCUUGGUUUUGGUGCUGUUCCUUUACAUGGUCAACUUGCUCAAUCAAAACGUUUAGGUGCUCUCAACAAAUUUAAAUCCGGUUCUCGAACUAUUUUGGUAGCUACUGAUGUUGCUAGUCGUGGUAUUGAUAUUCCUUUGGUUGAUGUAGUGAUUAACUAUGAUGUACCUCAAUCUUCAAAAGAUUAUAUUCAUCGUGUAGGACGUACAGCAAGAGCCGGUCGAUCAGGGAAAUCUAUUACAUUUGUGACUCAGUACGAUGUGGAAUUGAUUCAACGGAUCGAAAAGGACUUGGGACGAAAAUUGGAUGCUUUCCCUGUGGAAAAGGACGAAGUCAUGAUGUUACAAGAACGAGUUGGUGAAGCACAACGUAUUGCUACUUUGGAAUUGAAGGAAAGAGGUGGUGCUCGUGGAUCCAAACGUGGUGCAAAGCCUGAUGAUGACGAUGAUGAUGAUCUUGAAGAAAAGACGGGUGGGCAACACAAUAACAAGAAAUUCAAACAAAAGCGUCGGCAUUAAGUGUUUAACUUUAGUUUGAUUCCUACCCUUAUUAUUAUUAUUUUUAUUUUCAUCAUCAUCAAAGAUCAUAUCUAUAGACUUUAUCAUACUUUACACUUUUUUUUUGAAAAAAUAAAAUAAAAUAAAUCAUCUUCAUUUUUUUAUAUUUACAAGUACAAUAAAAUCGCU